CGUAACAAAUCAGAAACACGUAACACCGAGUUACGACACGACAAUAAAUAAUAAAUAAAAAAUAAUAAAUAGAGUAGAAAUAGAGAGUUUUGUCAUAAGAUGAAUGAGCCAGCCGCCAAGCUGGAUGCUGUGGCGGCCGAAAAGAAGCGGAAGUUUAAUAUUCAAGCCGCUGCCUUCUUGGGUUUAGUUGGCGGUGUCUCAGCACUAUUUGGAUUUUCCAGGACGUUAUCAAUAGCCAAGAAAUCGGAUAGUAAGGUGCUACAACAGCAGGGUACUCGCCAGGGUCUUAUAUUAAUGGAUGAGGGCUCGGCCCUAGCCCUCAGAGCCUUAGGCUGGGGUUCCUUAUACGCGAUUAUGGGUACUGGAGCCUUUUGCUAUGGCUUUUGGAAACUGAGCGGAGCCAAAGAUUUUGAAGAAUUUCGACAAAAAAUGGGUCAUGCUUUGCCUCGUCUCUCUAAGGAUGAGCCGCCACAAAGUCGAACAGAUUUUGAUGGUUUGACAGAUUUGAUGAAAUAUUUAGCAGCUUGGGCCAAGGAAUGAAGUAAACAAACUAAACAAUUUGGAGACUGUAGAUAAAAACUGUUACAUAUUUACAAUAGAUUUUUAUUUUAAUUUAAAA